GGCGAUUUGAAAACACGCUCGGGGAAGCCGGAGGCUGUGGCCGGUGGCGCGCGCCGUCGCUCGUUGGACGUCGCGUGUGCUCGCGUCCUCCCCCCGCCCCCGGCCAGCCGGGUUGCUCAGAAUGACUAAGAAAAGAAAACGGCAAGAUGAUUUUCAAAAAGUUAAACUAAAAGUUGGUAAAAAGAAGCCCAAGUUAGAAAAUGCCACUGUUACAAACUUUAAGACUAAGACCAUUCAUCUACCUGAGCAACUCAAAGAGGAUGAGACCCUUCCAACAAACAAUAGAAAACUUAACAUAAAGGAUUUGUUGUCACAGAUGCAUCACUAUAAUGCUGGGGUUAAACAAAGUGCUCUUCUUGGACUCAAAGACCUUUUAUCUCAAUACCCAUUUAUAAUUGAAGCUCACCUUUCCAAUUUAUUAAGUGAAGUGACUGCUGUGUUUACAGAUAAAGAUGCUAAUGUACGGUUAGCAGCAGUUCAACUUCUUCAAUUCCUGGCCCCCAAAAUCCGAGCUGAACAAAUUUCUCCAUUUUUCCCUUUGGUAAGUGCCCAUCUCUCGAGUGCCAUGACUCACAUUACUGAAGGAAUUCAGGAGGACUCGUUAAAAGUUUUGGACAUUCUACUGGAACAGUACCCCACUCUAAUUACUGACCGUAGCAGUAUAUUGCUUAAGAACUUUGUAGAACUUAUUUCUCAUCAGCAGCUAUCCAAAGGACUGGUAAAUAGAGACAGACCCCAAUCCUGGAUACUUUCUGUAAAUCCUAAUCGGAGACUCACUUCUCAGCAAUGGAGGCUGAAAGUCUUAGUGAGACUCAGUAAAUUCCUUCAGGCCUUGGCAGAUGGAUCCAGUAGGUUGAGAGAAAGUGAAGGACUUCAGGAACAGAAAGAAAAUCCCCAUGCCACUAGCAACUCCAUUUUUAUCAACUGGAAGGAACUUGCCAACGACCAGCAACACAUCCAGGUUUAUGAAAAUGGGGGUUCACAGCCAAAUGUCAGUUCACAGUUCAGGCUACGGUACCUGGUUGGAGGACUAGGCAGUGUGGAUGAAGGCCUGUCUUCCACUGAAAGCCUGAAAGGAUUUAUUGAAAUAAUAAUUCCAUUGCUAAUUGAGUGCUGGAUUGAAGCUGUACCUCCACAACUGGCUGCGUCUUCUGUUGGAAAUGGUAUAGAACGUGAACCUUUGCAGGUUAUGCAGCAAGUUCUUAAUAUUAUUUCUCUUCUGUGGAAACUAUCUAAACAGCAUGAUGAAACCCAUAAAUUGGAAUCAUGGCUUCGAAAGAAUUAUCUUAUUGAUUUCAAACAUCAUUUUAUGAGUCGUUUUCCAUAUGCCUUAAAAGAAAUAACCAAGCACCGAAGGAAAGAGACAAAUAAAAGUAUCAAGCAUUGCACGGUUAUCUCCAGUAAUGUAGAUCAUCUCUUACUGAAUUUAACACUAUCUGAUAUCAUGGUCUCUCUGGCAAAUGCCUCAACUUUACAGAAGGAUUCCAAUUGGAUAGAAAUGAUAAGGAAAUUUGUGACAAAGACCCUGGAAGAUGGCACCAGACUAAAUAGUAAACAGCUGAACAGAUUACUUGGUGUGUCAUGGAGGUUGAUGCAGAUACAAUCUAAUAGAGAAGCAGCAGAGGCUCUCAUCAAGGCUGUUUAUACAUUGUAUCAGCAGAGGGGUCUUCUCUUUCCUGUUCGGACUUUGUUACUUAAGUUUUUUAGUAAAGUCUAUCAACAAGAAGAACUUAAAUCUUACAGAGUAAGAUACCGCAGUAAAAUAUUAUCCCGUUGGCUGGCCGGUUUACCAUUGCAACUUGCUUAUCUUGGCUCCCGAAACCUUGACCUCUCAACACAGCUUAUUGAUAUCAUCCACACUGCUGCAGCUCGAGCAAAUAAGGAAUUACUAAAAAGCUUACAAGCUACUGCUCUCCGAAUUUAUGAUCCACAGGAAGGUACUAUGGUGAUUCUCCCAGCAGAGUCUCAGCAACUUUUGGUCCAGCUUGUCUAUUUUCUACCCAGUCUGCCUGCCGAUUUGCUCUCCCGGUUAAGUCGUUGCUGUAUUAUGGGAAGACUGAGUACCGAUUUGGUAGCUAUGCUCAUCGGGAUACUGCACAUGAGAUCAUCAUUUUCUGGAUGGAAGUAUUCAGUUAAAGAUUUGUUGAUGAGUGAUGUAGAUUAUUUCAGCUUCUUAUUUUCAACACUUACAGGGUUUUCCAAGGAGGAAUUAACUUGGCUGCAGAACCUUCGAGGAGUUCCUCAUGUCAUCCAGACUCAACUUUCCCCGGUUCUUCUUUAUCUUACAGACUUUGAUCAGUUUAUACAUCAUUGGGAUGUAACAGAGACAGUUUGUCACAGUUUACUGGUUAUCCCUGCCCGAAGCCAGUGCUUUGAAAUCCUGCAAAGUGCCAUCAGUAGGCAUUUGGUUGGCUUGGCUGUAAUUCCUGACAGCACAGUUGGCUGUAUUUUGGGUGUUAUAUGUAAACUUCUGGAUCAUACGUGUGUACUUAGUGAGACUCUGCUGCCAUUUUUGGCUUCUUGUUGCUACAGUCUUCUUUAUUUUUUGCUUACUUUAGAGAAAGGAGAAGCAGAACAUCUAAGAAAGAGGGACAAACUGUGGGGUGCCUGUAUCUCUAUUCUGGCUCUCCUGCCUCGAGUUCUCCGGUUGAUGCUACAGAGCCUUCGGGUGAAUCGAGCAGGGCCUGAGGAGCUGCCUGUUGUGGGCCAGCUGCUUCGCUUGCUGCUUCAGCAUGCACCCCUUCGGCCUCACAUGUUGACCAAUGCCAUCUUGGUGCAACAGAUCAUUAAGAAUAUCACGACUCUGAAGAGUGGAGGUGUGCAGGAGCAGUGGCUGACAGACUUGCACUUCUGCUUCAGCAUGUACAUCACCGGUCAUCCUCAAGGGCCCAGUGCAUUGAGUACAGUGUAUUGAAGAGUAAACGUGCUAUCUUGUGUUUGAAAUUGCUUAGUCAUAUCUAAUUUUGAAGAGACUGAUGUGUAAUGAAUGUUUGUCAUUAAAGCUGACCUUUUAAA